AUGCCAGCUGACACUGUUUACUCCGGUCCAUUCAUGAGAGGUUUCUUCGUUGAAGCCUUAAUUCAACACUACAAGAUUGAUGUUGCCGUCAAGGACAUCAAGGAACCAAUCGUUGCCGCCAACUUCCCAUUGGGUAAGGUUCCUUCUUUGAUUGGUCCAAAGGGUUUGAAAUUGACUGAAGUCAUUGCCGUUAUGUUCUACUUGAUCGCCAAGCUCCCAGAAGCUGAACAAGCUAAGUUGUUGGGUGCCAAGGAACAAUUCCCAGAACUCAUGAAGUGGUUGUCUUUCUCCAACUCUGAAUUGAUUGGUUCCCUUUCUGGUGCUUUCAAGCCAUUGCAAGGUAGAGUUCCAUACAACAAGAAGGUUGUUGACGAAAACUUGGCCACUGCUGAACUCGUUGCUGCCUCUUUUGAACAAAGAUUGGUUAACUACACCUUUUUGGUUGGUGAAAGAAUGACCAUCGCUGAUGUCUACGCUGCUUUCGCCAUGUCCAGAGGUUUCGCCACCGUUUGGGGUAAAGAAUGGAGAAGCAAGCACCCAGAAAUCAUGAGAUGGUUCAACACUAUUACUGCUUCCCCAAUCUUCAAGGAAUCUAAGUACGCUCAAACUUUUGAAUUGAUUGAAAAGCCAAUCGAAUUCGUUCCACCAAAGAAGGAAAAGAAGCAAAAGCAACAACAAGCUCCAAAGAAGGAAGCCAAGAAGGAAGAAAAGCCAGCUGAGGAAGAAAAGCCAGUUGAAAAGAAGGCUAAGCACCCAUUGGAACUUUUGGGUAAGUCCACCAUCCCACUUAACGACUGGAAGGUUAAGUACUCUAACGAAGACACCCGUGAAAAGGCUUUGCCAUGGUUCUGGAAUGAAUUCUACAACCCAGCUGAAUGGUCCCUCUGGAAGGUUGAAUACAAGUACAACGAUGAAUUGACCAUGACCUUCAUGUCUAACAACUUGAUUGGUGGUUUCUUCAACAGAUUGACUGGUUCCAUCAAGUACAUUUUCGGUUCCAUGGUUGUUUACGGUGAAAACAACAACAACGGUAUCGUUGGUGCUUUCUUGGUCAGAGGUCAAGACUGUGCUCCAGCUUUCGAAGUUGCUCCAGAUCACGAAAGUUACAACUUCACCAAGUUGGACGCCACCAAGGAAGAAGACAGAGCUUUCAUCAACAACUCCUGGGCUUGGGAUGAACCAAUGAUUGUUAACGGUGAAAAGAGAGAAAUCGCUGACGGUAAGGUUUGUAAAUAA